AUGCUGAACCUGCCCAGCUCGUUUGCGCAGCGCAAGGCCACGAACCUCCUAGUCACCGGCUGGGUGCAAAACACUCCAGACGAGAAGGUGAUUGGGGAAGCGCAAGGAACACAAGACGCCCUUCAAGGAUAUCUCAAAGAGCUCAAUAGCGGUCCUAGAGCAAGUCACGUAGUAAAGGUUGAGAAAAAAGAAAUUAGCUGGAAGGAAGAUGAAAAGGAUUUCCAAAUCCGAUGA